CCAAAUACGCUUCAACCUCACAUCAUAACCACCCUACUUCCUUCCUUAAGAAAUUUCAUUUCCGGAUAAACCCGGAAAUAAAAUUAACGGAGAAAUUGCAACUGGGGUAACCAGCCGCUCAAACUUUCCCAACACUUUACAGAGUCCGAAAGAGCGACCGAGCGGUGAUGAAGGUGGAAAAGGCGAGACGAGAGGAGACGCCGAAGCCGGAGGUGAGAGAAAGAGAGAACGCGAGGCUGGAGACACCAACCGCGCGCGCAACACCAGCGCCGAUCAGCGAGGACGACGGAAAACAAACACCCAAGCAGGCGAUCACGUUAAGUGUUAAAGAAAAUAUUCAAUGUGUUCACGAUUUGAUAAUGUUAGAAUAUUGCAUUACCACUAAAGUCAACGCUAAUGAACUGGGAAUUAAUAAAAAUAGUGUUCAAACAAUUUUAAGCAAAAAUUUUAACAUGUGGAAAUUAUAUGCAAAAAUCGUUCCGAAAGUUUUGACUCAGGAACAAACAUAACGACGUGUUGCUUCUUGCCAAAAGUGGACGAAGAAUGAAGAGAAAUUAAAUUUCUUGCCAAGAGUGAUAACUGGAGGUGAGUCAUGGGUUUGCGAACAUGUUCUAAAAACAAAUAAACAAAGUGAAAAGUGGAAGCAGGUUGGCAAACCUCCCAACAAAAAAGCAUGCAAGAGUCAUUCAAAAUUCAUGCUUAUUGCUUUUUUUGAUAUUGCAUGGAGUGAUCCAUCACGAAUUUGUUCCACUGGGUUUAACAACUGCCACAGUUUAUUUGAAAGUUUUGAAACGUUUGUAUUAACGUGUGCAAUGUGCACGAUCUGAAUUAUGGGCGAAAAAGAAUUGGGUGCUGCAUCAUGACAAUGCGUUCUUACACUCGGCGAUUGUGCGUGAGUUUUUCACCAAAAAUAACAUAACUACCAUGGAUUAUCCUUCUUAUUCGCCUGAUUUAGUCUCCUACAACUUUUUUUUAUUCCCUCAAGUACAAAGAAUUAUACGAGGUGAACAUUUUGGGAAUGUAGACAGCAUUAAACGUAAAAUGACAAGAUUUCUCAAGGGUCUAACUUAUAAGGACAUGCAAUACUGUUUUCUACAAUGGAAAAAUCGUUGGGCCAGAUGCAUUCAAUUAGGGGGAACGUACAUUGAGGACUAUGUUCCUACUCCAGAAUACGUAUAUACGAAUUUAGAGUAUCAUUCACGAGAACAUCAUCCAGAAGAGAUCCAGUCUGAACACAAAUGUUCAAAUUUGGACAAUAAUAUGGAAUUAGAUAGAUCUAUAGAAGAAUCGAGAUGUCCAGAAAUCAUUACGUCUCAAUGUAUAAUAAAAGAAGAAAUAGACAUCGUUGACGAGUCUGAAUUGUGCUCUUCAUGGAAUUAUGUUAAGGAACCCUACGCAAAACAUCAGAAUAAUGCAUCACAUGAUUUGCUUGACCAAUCUAAACCAUUAAAAGAAGAAAUUAAUAUUCUUGAAGAAUUAUUUGUUUAAUUGAUAAAAUUUAAUGAUUACUUUAAAUUAUUUAAAUUAUUUUUAUAUUGAUAUCGAUUUGACAUUAACAUCAUCAAACUGAUAUUUUGAUGUUAAUUUGAUAGAUCAUUUUUGAUGGA